AUGGUCCAUCUUGCUCGAGUUCAUCGCGAGAGCGAUCUGGACCCCACCAUCAAGCGUGUCAACUCCAUUAAGUUGGACACCACCGAGGAAGAUGACUUCUACUCCAGUGUCUAUGGCACGCGGUUUGCGAUCGAGCAGCUGCCUCAGAAUGAGAUGCCCGAGGGCGAGAUGCCUCGAGAGGUGGCCUACCGCAUGAUCAAAGAUGAGCUGAGCUUGGAUGGCAACCCCAUGCUAAACUUGGCGAGUUUUGUCACGACGUACAUGGAAGACGAAGUCGAAAAGCUCAUGACCGAGUCCUUCAGCAAGAACUUCAUCGAUUAUGAAGAAUACCCGCAGUCGGCGGAGAUCCAGAACCGCUGUGUCAACAUGAUCGCCCGUCUCUUCAACGCUCCCGUCGAAGGCGAGGAUGACCACCCCAUGGGCACCUCGACGAUCGGAUCCUCCGAAGCCAUCAUGCUCGGCACUCUCGCCAUGAAGCGUCGGUGGCAGAACAAGCGCAAGGCUGAAGGCAAGGACUACUCGCGGCCAAACAUCAUCAUGAACAGUGCGGUGCAAGUCUGCUGGGAGAAAGCCGCCCGCUACUUUGACAUUGAAGAGCGCUACGUCUACUGCACGGAGGAGCGCUUUGUCAUUGACCCGCAGCAGGCUGUGGAUCUGGUCGACGAGAACACUAUUGGUAUCUGUGCUAUCCUGGGCACCACCUACACGGGUGAAUACGAAGACGUGAAGGCCAUGAACGACCUCCUCGUCGAGCGGAACAUCGACUGCCCCAUCCACGUCGACGCCGCCAGCGGCGGUUUCGUGGCUCCGUUCAUCCACCCAUCCCUGAAAUGGGACUUCCGUCUGGAGAAGGUCGUCUCCAUCAACGUCUCCGGCCACAAGUACGGCCUCGUCUACCCCGGCGUCGGAUGGAUCGUCUGGCGCUCCCCGGAAUACCUCCCUAAGGACCUCAUCUUCAACAUCAACUACCUGGGCGCCGAACAGGCCAGCUUCACCCUGAACUUCUCCAAGGGCGCCUCCCAGGUCAUCGGCCAAUACUACCAGAUGAUCCGUCUCGGCAAGCGCGGCUACCGAUCCAUCAUGGUCAACAUCACCCGCAUCGCCGACUACCUCGCCGAAGAGCUCGAAAACCUCGGCUUCGUGAUCCUCAGCCAGCGUCGCGGCCGCGGACUCCCUCUCGUUGCAUUCCGCCUCCCCACCGACCGACAGGAGCACUUCGACGAGUUCGCCAUCGCGCACCAGCUGCGUGAGCGCGGAUGGAUCGUGCCGGCCUACACGAUGGCGCCCAACAGCAACUCGCUGAAGCUGAUGCGCGUGGUGGUUCGCGAGGACUUCACCAAGAGCCGAUGCGACACGCUGCUGUCGGACAUGAAGCUGGCGCUGAAGACGCUGAGCGAUAUGGACAAGGCCAUGUUGGAGAAGUACACGCAGCAUGUUCGCACGCAUUCGACCAACUCGCACAAGGCGAAGCAUAACCACCCGCACUACCAGGGCGAGAACCACUCCUUGCAGGGCAAGACGGGCAAGACCCACGGUGUGUGCUGA